UAAUACAACCUGGCAAGUGGCUCCUUAGAUGCUACAGCAGUGACCCUCAGGGGUACCAGGACUCAGGUCCUCCACUGGGUGUGUGGGCUCUUAGUUUCUGGUUGCUUCUGCCUCCCCAGAGAUACAACACAAAACAUACAUAUUCCUUUGUUUGUUCAUUACUUUUUAAUUGUUUCAUUCCAAAUAGUCCAAUCCCCUGGCUCUGUGCCAAGCACUUUUUACGUGAUUCACCAAUCCCCUGGCACUGUGUCAGAUAUAUUCCUUAUAGGGAAACUCUUGUGUCUUGCUCACCUAGUGCCCAAGCACAGCACUCGCCUCUCCCAAUGCCACAGAAGGCGUUGUGUUCAAUUUUGCUGCUUAGCUCUGGGAAGGCCUGGACUAUGGCUAAAAAGCCUUAACAUAACUCAGUUUGCCUGUGACACCUGGUGAGCUGUGGAAUAACCUAUCCAUUGGCCGGUGUCGGAGAAUGCUUCCUAUUGUACCCUGGGAUUCUGGCUUCAAGAUUGUAAUUUCUCAGACUUGUACUAAUAGUUGAUAGCCCAUCUCCCGGCCAUCUCAGUUUAAAGCCCUAUCCAGAAGGUAUGCCAUUCUAACCAAGAAAAGCUUCUUCCUCUUUGGUGUGAGGUGGAUGCCAUCUGUUCCCAACAGGCAGUCCCUGAUGUGUGUGCCGUGGUUGAAGAAAUUGAAGCCCUCGCAGUAGCACCAGAGCCGGAGUCCUCUGUUCAUUUAUUCUAUGCAUGUCACUUCCCCCUGCGCUGCCUGGUGGUUUCAGAGCUUCCUGCGGAAGUUCCCUGGGGUGCGGCCAGGCCCAGAGGGACCCGAAGACCAGCUAGGGCCAAGGCUAGAGCCACAAUGAGCCGUGGGGGCCGUAUCGGGGCCCCAGGACCCCAGGACCAUGUCCCCUCCUGUCUCCUCCAGCCCCAUGAGAACCAGCAGGUGUUCGAGCUCCUGGGUCGCAAAUGCCUGACCCUGGCUACGUCGGUGGCUCAGCUCUUCCUGGCGCUGCCACCUGGGGCCCGGGGCUGGGCCAAGCAGGGCUGUGGUGUCGUUUGCUUCGUCAAGGACAACCCGCGGCGCUCCUAUUUCAUCCGCCUCUAUGACCUGCAGGGGUCACAGCUGCUGUGGGAGCAGGAGCUCUAUGCCCAGAUGACCUACAUUGCUGCCACUGCAUUCUUCCACACCUUCCCGGCUGACGAGUGCCAGGCUGGGCUGAACUUUGCUCAUGAGGGUGAAGCUGAUGUCUUCCGGGCCCUGGUGGAUGAGAAGAUGAAGAAGCGUCAGCAGCGGCUUGACAAGCGGCAGCUCCCAGCUUUGCCCCCCGCCAUAGCCGAAGAAUGCAGGGGGUCUGUGUCCCGACCUCCCGGGGGCACCAAUGGCCCUGGGGCUUCCCCCCCAGCUGGGGGGCUGGGGCUGGCAACGCUGGACAUAGCGAAUCCUGAUAUCACAGCAGCACGGUAUCGGGGGGCCCCCACCCCUCCCAGCCCCAUCCUUGGCCCCACGUCUGGGGGGGGGGCCCGCAAGGGCCGCAAGAAGAUCUCCAAGGCUGACAUCGGUGCCCCCUGUGGUUUCAAGCACGUCAGCCACGUCGGAUGGGACCCCAACACUGGCUUUGAUAUGAACCAGCUGGACCCUGACCUGCGGACACUGUUCUCUCAGGCUGGCAUCAGUGAGGACCAACUGGCUGACGCUGAAACUUCCCGCCUCAUUUAUGACUUCAUCGAGGGCCAGGGAGGCCUAGCUGCUGUCAAGGAAGAGAUGCGGCGUCAGGGUCCCUCCCAGCCCCCAGCCCCACCCAGCCGCUCAGGCCCCCUACCACCCCCAGCUCCCCCUUCUGGCCGGGGUCGCUCAGGCCCCCUGCCCCCAAUCCCUGGUGCCCCUCCCUCAUCCAUGCCAAGCCGGGGGGCUGUACCCUUCGCCCCUCAGCAGCACCCCCGGGGACGGCCUCCACCCCCCACUGCCCGGUCAGGACCCCCACCCCCUCCCCCGCCGUCUGGAGAUGCCCCACCACCACCCCCACCCCCACCCCUCCCACCCCCAGCCGCCUCUGGGAUUUGUCUCCCUCCCCCCCUGCCUACAGGAUGUGCCCCUGGGCCCCAGCCCCCGCCCCCCCUGAAAGGCCGGGGGGCCCUGCUGGAUCAAAUCCGUCAAGGGGUGCAGCUGAACAAGACCCCCGAUGUGGUGGAGUCCCCGCUGCCAGCCCAGAGCUCAGAGGGUCUGGUUGGGGCCCUGAUGCAGGUCAUGCAGAAGCGCAGCAAGGUCAUCCACUCCUCCGACGAAGACGAGGAUAAUGGAGGUGAUGAGGAUGAUGACGACGAGUGGGAUGAUUAAUUGCUCCACUACCCUUGUCCCCCUGCCUCAGCUUUACCCAGAAUCCCCCUCUUCAACCCUCACCCAGACCUAGCUCCCCAGAAUACCCCCCCUUCUCUCUAUUAUCCUUUAGCACCAUUAGUGAUUCUAGUGGGGAAUUAUUACCCCCCUGUAGGGUUGAAUCCAACUUGCCCUGCUGCUGUGAUCUUGGCAAGAUCUAACCAACAAGCCUAGCUUGAGUUUUGAUGAUCUUAUGCUAUGGCGGUGGUGUGGAGGAAUAUGAGACCAGAACAGGGUUGAGGGAGAGUUUAGAGGGCAAUAUUCAUAUUCAGGCUGAGGUUUGCAUCCAGCAUGGCUCUAGGUUUUAAUUUAGUCAAGAAGUUAAGUUCGAUUUGAAGUGCUUUUUAUACCAGGAGGGUGGUGAGGGGUUGGGAUAGAGAGAAAUAUAAGAUCAGAGCAGGUUUGGGAACAGGUUUUAGUGGGGAGCUUCCUCUCAGUGCUGUGUUUGCCUCCAUUUUGGCUAUGGGUUUCCAUCUAGGUGAAAUCUAGCAAAAAAGUCAAGCUUGAUUUGAGGUAAUCUUUUACUGGGGUUGGUGAUAGGGGAAAUAUGAGGUUAGGGCAGUUUUGAGCAUGUGUUUUAGGGUGGAAGAUUCUUCCCCAGGCUGGGUUUGCCUCCAGCGUGGCCACAGGUUUUGAUCCUGGCAAAAUCUAACAAACAAGCCAAGGUUUUAAUUCAGUUUGUUUCAAUCUCAGCAAGAUCUAACCAACAAGCCACAUUUGAUUUGAGGUGAACUUUAUGUUGGGUGGUGGGGGUGUGGUGAUUAACGGGUGGGAGCACAUGAGAUUAGAACAGGUUUAAGCAUGGGCUUGGAAUGGGGGAAAUUCCUCUUGGAGCUGGGGUUUGCAUUCAGCUUGGUUCUGUGUUUGGAUCUUGGCAAGAUUAAACAAACAAACCAGAUUUGAUGUAAAGUGAUCUUUAUAAUGGGGGGGGGUGUCAAGGAAAAUACAAUAUAACAUAGGUGUUAACUUUUAUUUUUGCUGGGGGGGGGCUAGAGAUGCUGCGCCUCCCCCACUCCCGGCAUGGGCACAGCUGAGCUGAGCGGAGCUGGGGGUGGGGAGGGGCAGGGACAGAUGCGGGUUGCCCACUGUGGGCUCAGGACUCCCCGCCCUGCUGACAUCCCCCCAGGAGCCCUGUGCCAGCUGCACACACCUCCAUGCCGCCACCUCUGUUGCUGCUGGGUAGGCAGGUGGAGCCUCACCAUGGUGGCACAGCUGGCAUGGGGAGCCUGGGGGGAGGGCAGCAAGGCAAGGAGCCCUGAACGCACACUGGGCAGCCCACAUCCACCCCUGCCCUGCACAUAAGCCUGGGGGACAUAUGACCCGCCAUGCUCCUUUUACUGGGAAUGCACGCAGUGGCAGGGAACUGCCCCACCCCAGAUGAACCGCCAGGAGCUCUGUCCCACUCCCUGUCCUGGUCCUGGGCUCCAUGCAUCACCAUGGCUGGGUAGUGCCCCAAAACCCAGCCCCUGCCCCACUCCCUCCCUCACCAUGGGAGCUUCAACUUAUGCCCUCCAUAGACUUACCUGCAGGCAGCUGGGGGAGCUGCUCUCUACCUGCUGCUGUCUGGGGGUUGCAUUCCUGGCCACAUGCAUGUGUGUGCAUGCAUGCAUGGACAUGGCGCAUCCCACUCCCCGCAGCCCCUUGCUGGAACUCUGCCAGUCUGCAAGGGGAAAUCUGCCAUUUCCUUCGUUUUUCCAUGGUGAACAGAAAACCCUCAACAAUACUGGGACAAAUGCUGUCCUGGAGUCAUGCAGCCCAGGACCGGGGCUUGAUGUUCCCACUUUGGAACUGUCCUGCUCAAUUAGGGAUAGAUGGUCCCCCUACCCUCUUCCGAAGAGGGGGGCAGGGCCUUCAGGCCUCUGCAAACUCUGUGUCUAUGUCAAAGCAGGUUUUAGCACAAGUUUUAGUGGGGCAGCUUUCUCCCAGGGCUGGGUUUAGUCUCCAACAUAGCUACAGGUUUUGAUCCCCCUGCCCUGGUCCCGGGAGGUGAUCUUUAUGUGGGAGGAAUAGGAGGUCAGAGCAGAUUUUAACAUAGAUUUUAGGGGGGCACAAUUAAUUUUGGAACAGGGAUUUGCAUCCAGCCUGGCUCUGUGUGUCAGUGUUGGUGAGAUCUAACAAACAAGCCAAGUUUGAGUUGAAGUGAUCUCUAUACCCCGGGGGAGGGGGGAGUGAGGGUUUGGAGCAGGGUGAAAAUUAGCCCCUGGAGCAGAUUGUAGUAGGCAAAACUCCUCUCUGGGCUGGGGCUUGGGAUUGCUUUCUGAUCUCAGCAGGAUCUAAUGAACAAGCCAGGUCUGAGCUCUGCUUUCUUAGCAUGCCUUUCCCUUUCAGGCAUGCUAAAGCACUCUGCCAUUUCUUUCUUUUUCUAACUGGGUUUUUUUAGUGGGAAGGGGGCAUGGGUUCCUGUAUGGCGGCCAUCUUGAUCAUGUCUUGGCAUAGCAUGGGCCAUGGUUGUUCAUGAUCAUGGUUGUUUGUGUUUGAUCAUGAUAGAGCCAUUUAAUUUGUGUUUUUCUUUUUGACAAUAAAUCAGCCCCCGUGGCAA